AUGCUAGAGCACAAAUACGGAGGUCACCUGGUAUCUCGCAGGGCAGCCUGCACCAUCCAGACUGCUUUCCGGCAGUACCAGCUCAGCAAGAACUUUGAGAAGAUCCGCAACUCACUGCUGGAGAGCCGCAUGCCACGCCGCAUCUCUCUGAGGAAAGUCCGGGUCCAGAACUCAGAGAGCUUCUCUGCUGAGAAAGCUCUGGUGGAGGGGUACAACUUUGUGGGCAUCCCAUUGGUGAGGUCCCCAUCUUUGCCAGCCACCAUCAGCGGUGCACUGACCGAGCUGGAGGAUUCCUUCACAGAACAAGUUCAGUCCCUGGCCAAGUCUAUUGAUGAUGCCCUCAGCACCUGGAGCCUGAAGACCAUGUGCUCACUGCAAGAUGGGGGCUCAUACCAGAUAAGGGAGACCUUCAGUGCCAGUUCAAUGCAGCCAAACCAAGACUUAGAAACUGAGCUGCAGGACAAGGAGAAGGAGGAAGGGCUCCUGCCAGAUACCCUACCCAAGAGCAGCAGCACUCUCAUGAUGGCUUUUCGAGACGUCACAGUCCAGAUUGACAACAAGAAUAUCUCUGUCUCAUCGUCUACCUCGGUGUCCAUGGCAAACUGCCUCAGCAGCAAUGCCCAGGCUGAGCUCUCUCAAGCUACCAAGGCUGAAGAAAGCCCAGGAGAAGGGGAGGGAGAAGCCAGUGAACCACCGGCUGCCCCAGAGAGCUUACCUGAGUCCACAGCUAGCAGUGCUGAGCCUGGGCAGAUGGCAGUGCAGAAGCUCCAGUUUGAUGCUAGCAAUGAGACGGGGCAAAGCAAAGGCUCUGAGUCUGAGAAUGCAGACAACUCGGAGCAGCUGAGCAGCAGCAGCACCUCCACUUCAGCCAAGUCAGCCUCUGAGGUGUCCUCGAAAGAAGCACUGCAGGCCAUGAUCCUCAGCCUCCCAAGGUACCACUGCGAGAACCCAGCUAGCUGCAAGUCCCCCACACUUUCCACAGACACCAUGAGGAAGCGCCUCUACCGCAUUGGGCUGAACCUCUUUAAUAUAAACCCAGACAAAGGGAUCCAGUUCCUGAUCUCCAGAGGCUUCAUCCCGGACACCCCCAUUGGGGUGGCACACUUCUUGCUCCAGCGGAAGGGCCUCAGCCGCCAGAUGAUUGGGGAGUUCCUGGGCAACAGCAAGAAGCAGUUCAACAGGGACGUCCUGGACUGCGUGGUGGAUGAGAUGGACUUCUCAGGCAUGGAGCUGGACGAAGCCCUGCGGAAAUUCCAGGCCCACAUCCGUGUGCAGGGGGAGGCGCAGAAGGUCGAGCGGCUAAUUGAGGCUUUCAGCCAGAGGUACUGCAUGUGUAACCCAGAUGUGGUCCAGCAGUUUCACAACCCGGACACCAUCUUCAUCUUGGCCUUUGCAAUCAUCCUCCUCAAUACGGACAUGUACAGCCCCAACAUCAAGCCUGACAGGAAGAUGAUGCUGGAGGACUUCAUUCGCAAUCUGAGAGGGGUGGACGAUGGUGCUGACAUCCCACGGGAGCUGGUGGUGGGGAUCUACGAGAGGAUCCAGCAAAAAGAGCUAAAAUCCAAUGAAGACCAUGUGACUUACGUCACCAAAGUGGAGAAGUCCAUAGUUGGAAUGAAAACGGUUCUGUCCGUGCCCCAUCGCCGGCUGGUCUGCUGCAGCCGCUUGUACGAAGUGACUGAUGUGAACAAAGUCCAGAAGCAGGCAGCUCACCAGAGGGAAGUUUUUCUCUUCAAUGACCUGCUGGUGAUCCUCAAGCUUUGCCCCAAGAAGAAAAGCUCCUCAACAUACACAUUUUGCAAGUCAGUCGGCCUGCUAGGGAUGCAGUUCCAUCUCUUUGAGAAUGAAUAUUACCCCCAUGGCAUCACACUGGUGACUCCAGUUUCGGGCUCAGAGAAGAAACAGGUACUACACUUCUGUGCUCUGGGUGCUGAGGAAAUGCAGAAGUUUGUGGAAGAUCUGAAAGAGUCAAUAGCAGAAGUGACAGAGCUGGAGCAGAUACGAAUUGAAUGGGAGCUAGAGAAACAACAAGGGGCAAAGACUCUCUCAUUAAGGACCAACGGAGCCCAGAUGGAACUGCAGUCUAAGCAAGGCUCUCCAACAGGCAAGAAGGAUUUGGGGGAGAAGGUCUCAGACAGCACAGUGGAGGUUUUAAUCAAUGCCUCCCCAGCCAGACUGACAAUUUUACCAAUUUCCAGAGAUACAAUUAAAAGUUACUGCUAG